AGUUAAAUAGAUAUCGGACAUUAACAUUUCCUUUUAUAUGUGCGUGUGUGUUUGAUGACUGCGGGAAAUUGGCUGCCGUGUGUAAUUUGCAAAUAAAUCGCUGAAUAUGGCUAAAAAGAAAAGUGAAGAGCAUUCGGGAGCCGAUGCAAACGAUAGUGACUACAAUGAGGAACCGAAUUUCGACGAUCCACCAAAUUUCGUAGACAAUAUCAGCGAUGAAGAUUUGCUUGGUGAUAUGCUGGCCCAACGGCCAUCGGAAGCCGAUGGCGUUGAAAGCGUUGUUGUGAUCGACAACAUGCCCAUAGUGGAGCCAAACCGUAUUGACAAAUUGAAAUCGGUCAUCAGCAAACUUUUCUCGAAUUGCGGUGAAAUUGUGAACGUUGUUUAUCCGGUCGAUGAUGAGGGCAAGACCAAGGGGUAUGCCUUCAUGGAGUACAAGCACGCCAGUCAGGCAGAGGAGGCAGUGCAGAAGCUCAACAACUAUCGCCUGGACAAGAAUUAUACAUUUGCCGUCAACUUGUUUACAGAUUUCCAAAAAUAUGAAAACAUACCGGAGAAAUGGGAACCGCCAACUGUGCAGCCCUUUAAGGUGCAGAACGAUCUGUACAAUUUCAUCAAUGAUCCCGAUACCUACGAUCAGUACUGUGUGGCGGCGGAGACAGCUCCCAACUGUGUGCAGGUUUCCUUCUGGCAGAACGUCCUGCCGGAGCCCAAUGAACUGGAGUCGCGUGAACGUUUCACGGACACGUUUGUGAAAUGGUCGCCGCUGGGAACCUAUGUGGUUACCUUCCAUAAGCCAGGUGUGGCUAUUUGGGGCGGUAGCAGCUUCCAGAAAAUCCAAAAGUUUCCCCAUCCCGGCACCCAAUUCGUAGAAUUUUCACCCUGCGAGAAUUAUUUGGUCACUUAUGGACCAACACCAACUGGCCAGAAGAUCAUCAUUUGGGAUAUCCGUACUGGUGCUGAGAAGCGUUCGUUUGUUGCCGAUGGAAUGUCUGUGCUGUCCAUGUUCCGUUGGUCGCACGAUGAUAAAUUUGUGGCACGCAUGGGCGAUAACUCGAUCCACAUCUAUGAAACACCAUCGUUCUAUUUGCUAGAUCUGAAGUCCAUCAAGAUCUUGGGCAUUCGUGGCUUCUCCUGGUCGCCCACUGACAACGUGAUUGCCUACUGGGUGGAGGAGCAGAAUCAGAUACCCGCUCGCGUCACUCUUAUGGAGAUUCCCAAGAAGCGUGAGAUCCGCAACAAGAACCUCUUCAAUGUGGCCGACUGCAAGUUGCAUUGGCAAAAGUCGGGCGAUUAUUUGUGUGUCAAGGUUGAUCGCUACUCCAAGUUGAAGAAGGACAAGAAGGAAUUGGACGUCAAGUUCCUGGGUAUGUUCUACAACUUUGAGAUCUUUCACAUGCGUGAAAAGGAGAUACCCGUCGAUUCGGUGGAGAUACGUGAACUUAUCCUUGCCUUUGCCUGGGAGCCAAUCGGCAAUAAGUUUUCCAUUAUUCACGGAGAGCCGAACUCGGCCAACGUCAGCUUCUACGAGGUCAACAAGGGUGUCAAGCCUAGUCUUGUCAAGCGUUUGGAAAAGAAGUCGUGCACCCAUCUCUUCUGGUCGCCGCGUGGUCAAUUCAUUGUGAUGGCCAACCUGACCAUGGGCACCUUCGAGUUUGUCGAUACCACUAAUGAUUACAUUAUAAGCGCAUCACCGGAUCACUUCCGCGCUUCUGAGGUCGAAUGGGAUCCCACUGGUCGCUAUGUUGUCACUGGCGUCUCAUCCUGGAAGGUCAAGGAGGAUACAGGCUUCAACAUGUAUACCUUCCAGGGUCGCAUUAUCAAGCGAACCAUUCUAAAGAACUUUGUGCAGUUCUUAUGGCGCCCACGGCCCCCAACGCUGCUCAGCGAGGAAAAGCAGAAGGACAUUAAGAAGAACUUGAAGAAGUACUAUCCUGCCUUCGAGCAAAAGGAUCGUCUACGCUUGACCCGUGCCUCCAAGGAGCUGCUCGAGAAACGCUCACAGCUACGCGAGACCUUCAUGGAGUACCGCAACAAGCGCAUUGCCGAAUGGAAGGAUCAGAAGAGUCGUCGUGUCAUGCUCAGAGGGCAUGUCGAUACAGAUAACUUGGAAACUGAUGAAGUUGAUGAAGAAGUGGUUGAAUUUUUAGUCAAGGAAGAAAUAACCCUGCUGGAGUAGACGACUCCCCACACUCCGCGUCCACGUCCACGUCCCGCCCUGCAUUCACAUCCCGUGAAGCUGGUGUCUCAGACUUGCGUCAAAACGCGACUACGCCCCGGCGGAAUUCACACGUCGGGCUUCUUUUCCAAACACGUAGCGCGUCUUUAAUAAUACAAUUAAGCGUAAUUACAUCUAAAAAAAGCUUGCGUUAUAUACAUAUGCACACCUAAAUAGCCAUACCUAUAUAAAUUUGAUCCUUAAGCACAACAGUAACGUCACAUAAACUCUUGAAUUCAUAUUAACUAAAGUCAAGCUCGCGAACAAUUGAACACUUAGAAAAUCAUGUCCGAGGUCACGUUGUCAACUAUUAAAAGUAAAUUUGCAAUGUAUUUGUAUGUCAACAGCAAAAAGAAAAGGAAAAC